UCUCCAUACUUCACCCACAGAGACCAACUGUCUAUUUGCCAAGGCCGUGUCAUGUGGGGAACACGCGUCAUUCUGCCACCGAAGCUGCGUGCCAGGGUACUAGACUCACUGCAUGAUGGACAUUUAGGUAUGAUCAAGAUGAAAAGUCUCACUAGGAGCUACGUUUGGUGGCCAGGCAUAGUCUGCGACAUAGAGAAUCUGGCCAAGUCCUGCAGUGGCUGUCAGCAAACAUUACACCAACCUCAGACAGCACCAGUACACACUUGGGAGUGGCCAUCCGGUCCGUGGCAACGUAUUCAUGUGGACUAUGCGGGGCCGUUCAUGGACCAAAUGUUCCUUAUUGUGGUCGACGCUGAUUCAUAGUGUCCGGAAAUUUUUCCUGUCAGACAAGCAACAGCUGCUAACACUGUCAAUACUCUUCGGACAUUGUUUGCACGCAUGGGUCUGCCACAACAGCUAGUGAGUGACAAUGGUUGCCAAUUCACUGGAGAAGAGUUCCAGUGUUUCCUCAGGUGCAACGGAGUGCGACACAUCACCUCAGCACCCCAUCAUCCUGCAACAAAUGGACAGGCCGAACGUUUUAUCCAGUCCUUUAAGCAAUCAAUGAAAGCCAGCCGGAAGGACGUAAAGCCACUACAGCAGAAAAUUGACAAGUUCCUUCUAGCGUACAGAAACACGGCGCACGCAACAACUGGCUGUUCUCCAGCAAUGCUUUUCAUGGGACGAAAUCUGAGAUCACGUUUGGACCUGCUGAAACCAGACAUCCGUAAACAUGUCCAGGAUAAACAAGCAUCCACUAAAGAAUCAACAAAGAUCAAGACACGAACCUUCAACAUUGGACAAAAGGUGCUCGCCAGAGACUAUAGAGGGCAGAAUCAGAAAUGGCAGCCAAGUCAGAUCCUGUCACAAACAGGGCCUCUGACAUAUACUAUAAGUGUGGGAACCAACCUUGUCUGGCGCAGGCAUGUUGACCAGAUUUUGGAUGCAGAAACCCAUCUGGCUACGGCUCAACCAGAAAAUAUAUCAACUGCCCUGGGCUCGGAUGAGUUUAUUUUCACUACACCCCCUGAGGCCCAAGGGUUGAGUGAUGUCACCGAGGAUCAAACAGCGGAAUCCUCCACACAGCGUCACAUAGACUCUGGUCAACCGACCCGACGGUACCCUGAGAGAAAUCGCCGAGCACCUCAGAGACUGGAUUUGUAAGAUUCUCAGCAGAUUGCCUGAUAAGGUUAACAAACAAGAGUGAACAAUCUGUGUUUAUUCUGAUAACUGCUGAGCAUGUGUUUUAUUCUGGUUUAAGUGAGUUAUUGGGUUACAACAUAAAGCAGAAUGUUAAUAUUCAGUUGCAGGUUAAUGUUCUUUUGUUUUGCUGAUGGACGUUAAGUGGAUACAACAGAAUUGGAUUGGAGGAAUUGUUAUGUAUUUGAGAAAUGACAUUACACUGGUUGGGGUACUAUUUCCCGUUCUGUGUAACACAUGUGAUGUGUGAUGUGGUGCGCAUUGAUCCAGUGUAUGAUCGGGCACUAGAGUAAUAAAGAGACCGUCAUGUGCAACUGAAUGUCCGGUUCUUGAACUGUUAACAUUAUACC